GAAUAAUCCCAGCUCCUUCUAUUACAGCACUUUUCCAACAGGAUGACAUUCAGUUACUGAAGGAGCUUAAAGUUAAUCACUAUCUACUCUCUAUCUCGUGGCCUCGGAUUAUGCCCACUGGCAUCAAAACAGAACUGAACAAGAAAGGAAUACAGUUCUACAAUGACACCAUCAAUAGUCUUCUGGAAAGCAGCAUUAUCCCCAUCGUGAACCUCUACCACUGGGAUCUUCCACAGGUUCUCCAAGAAAAGUAUGGUGGCUGGCAAAAUAUAAGCAUGAUAAAUUAUUUUAAUGAUUAUGCCAACCUAUGCUUUGAGAAGUUUGGUGACCGUGUGAAACACUGGAUUACUUUUAGUAAUCCAUUGGCAGUUGCCGAAAAAGGUUAUGAAACAGGAGAGCAUGCACCAGGACUGAAGCUCAGUGGAUGUGGAGCGUACAAAGCAGCGCACCAUAUAAUUAAAACUCAUGCAAAGGUAUGGCACUCUUACAAUAGCACGUGGCGUAGUGAGCAGCAAGAAUUGUCAUUUUGUUUUCAAGGUAUGGUUGGAAUUUCCCUAACUAGUGGCUGGGGUGAACCCAUUGAUCCUCACAGCCAAGCAGACAUAGAUGCAGCUGAAAGAUACAUGCAGUUUCAUUCGGGAUGGUUUGCAAACCCAAUUUACAGAGGAGACUAUCCAGAAGUGAUGAAGAAUUAUGUAGGUAGGAGGAGUGCCCAGCAGGGCCUGGGGACAUCAAGGUUACCGACUUUCUCAGUGCAAGAGAAAAGCUAUAUUAAAGGCACAGCGGAUUUCCUGGGAAUAGGCCAUUUCACUACACGGUAUGUUACACAGAAGAGCUUUCCACUUCUACAAGUGUCCAGUUACCGCACCGACCAGGAUCUGGCAGAACUGGUGGACCCAAAACGGCCAGCGCCAGGCUCAAAGUGGCUAUACUCUGUGCCUUGCGGAUUCAGAAGAUUGCUCAACUUCAUUAAGACACAGUAUGGGAACCCUCUGGUUUAUGUGACAGAGAAUGGAGUUUCAGAAAAGGUACAGUGCACUCAACUGUGUGAUGAAUGGCGGAUAGAGUAUCUGAAAGGAUAUAUUAAUGAAAUACUAAAAGCUCUAAAUGAUGGUGUUAAUGUAAGAGGUUAUACUGCCUGGUCUCUGUUGGAUAAGUUUGAAUGGAACAAAGGUUUCUCUGAAAGAUUUGGAUUUUAUCACAUUGAUUUCAAGAACAAGAACAAACCACGAUACCCAAAAGCAUCUGUUAACUACUAUAAAAAUAUUAUUAGUGCAAAUGGACUCCCAAAUCCAACAGAGGUGGAAAACUGGCAUCAAAAGGCCAUGGACACUUGUUCUAUCACACACCAGCUCCUUGAUGCAGAUUCCUUGUUUACUCAUAUGGAAAUGGUGACAGAGAUCGUUCUUCCUACAAUUUUCACACUCUGCAUACUCAUCAGUAUUGUCCUACUACUCUUCUUCCUUCAAAAUCAAAGCUAAAAUUGCACACUUGGACACAUCUUCAUUUUGCAUAAUACAAUGCAACUGUUUCAUUAUAUUGUUUAAAUCUUACCACAAAUGCCUCUUUUUGUACCAUUGUAAAGGUGAAGGAAUAUUACUUUACCUGCCCACAUAGCACUGCUUCUAAUUUUUUCUACUUAAUUCUCAAAACAAUUUAGAAAUUUUAUAAAAACCCGAAGUACAUCUUUUUUUCUGCAUUAUUUUCUACACAUUUUAAGUAGCAGAUUUUGUUUCUUGUUAUUUUGGAAACUAUUAUAUAUUUUGUUCACCAGAACAAUAGUUAGCUAAGUGUAAAGCAGCUCUAAACUUGUCAGUACAAAUUUCAAGUGAUUAAAAAAUAUUUUAUUUUUAAUAUUUUAUUUAUUAAAAACUAUUCUGUUUUCAAUCUGCUCAUCAUUACACUUUUAAUUAUCAUGUAGCUGCUAUUUGAAAAGAGAUAAACACAACUGUAAAAUGGAAGGGGACUUAACUAUUCCAAUAGCACUGCUUAAAUAUUAAACUCUUAUUUCAUGUCUAAACGUUAGGAUAAUAUAUGCCUUACUAUUUAGGUGUGGAAUAGAAUUAGUUGAAGUGAUUUAUCAAAGAUAAUUGCUGUGUCAGAUUUAAAUUACAGAAUCUUUUUUUUUUUUAAAUAGGGAACUAGGUUUACCUCAUACAACAAUAUAUUUUAUUGCACACACAAGUAUGUAACAUAAGUAAUCCAAGCCACUUCCAGAAUAUAAUUUUCCACUACAAAUUCACUCAAGUAGGUACAAGUUAAAUACAUGAUUACACAAAAAAAAUAGUUCCAGAUUAUGGCCAGCUGGCUACAUUUGUCUUUGGCAUUGUGCUUGAAAUCACUCCUCUAAAGCAAACCAAUAAACCAGUUUCCAACUUAGCUCUCAAUACAGCUUCAACACUGCUGUACGUAUACUGAACACAGCAGCAGCGCAUAUAUACAAAAAUUCUUAGCUUCUAUUCAAAGGCAUUAACUAUUAAAUUGAUAGUUAUUCUUUUAAGAUGCAAUAAACUAAAGAAAGGAGUAAGAAAUAAAAAUAAAAAAUAAUAUUUACUGAGGAGAAACGAGAAAUGGUAGAUGCUUCAGUUUUUAAAUGCAUGAAUAAGAAGGUUUUUCUUAUUCUUACUUAUCAAUAGUGAAGAGUUUUUUAAGCAAAUACUUCCCUCUCAAAUUAAUCAGCAUAGACUAUAUAGUUGGUUAUACUACCAAAAGGUUACAUACAGUAUCUUAUUAAUGUACGACCAUAUGUAACUGUCAGUAAUUAAUCCCAACACAUUUAAGUGAUUAUGCUUAUCCAGCUAUACUGAAUAAUUCUGAAGAAAGUAAUGUAAAAGUAUAUAUGACACCAUCUAAAGUAAUUCACUCUGCAUUAAGGGAAAAACUGAAUAUGAGCAGCAGAAAUAAGUAUAUCCAAGAAUACUGCAAAGUAUA